GCAGUAACAGCGCAGCGCAAUCGCCCGUGUCUUGCAGCUGAAAGUGACAGGCGAACUAAAACUUUUCAACGGACAAGAAUACAUAGAAGCAUGUCAGAUAUGAUCGACGAUAUUAUCACGAGGAAUCUGAUCAAUCUGGGUUUAGAUGAACCAUUCACCCAGAAACAAAUUCAACCGAUGGUACCUCGUCUCAACCGUUCAACUUCGUUCUUCUCACCAAAGAGCCAUAGUCUAAGCUCUGAGCAAUUGAACGAUGAUACCCCCUGGCCACUUGACAUUUGGAGCAAGAUGGCUCCAAGUCAACCACAGGUUUCCUUCAGACCUGACCGCUCCAUGAGUCUGACCGAAUCCAGUGUACUCUCCUUCAGUAAAAUGAAGACCCUGGAUGAAGUGCCUCCACCGCCUGGAUUUCCCCCACUGAACAACCCGACACCUCUCCCUUCCAACCGUUACAAGACCGAACUGUGCCGUAGUUUCCAGGAGAACGGCAGCUGUAAAUAUGGGAGCAAGUGUCAGUUUGCCCAUGGAGAGCCUGAGCUGCGUGGUUUAUACAGGCACCCAAAAUACAAAACGGAGGCCUGCCGCACCUUUUACAACUUUGGCUACUGCCCAUAUGGAGCCCGCUGUCACUUCAUUCAUGAAGAGAAGCUCACCCCCUUAACCCAAAAGUUCCACAACCAAGCACUUGCUGAUCAGAGCCCACGUCAGCUCCGUCAGAGCGUCAGUUUCGCAGGUUUCAUGGGAUCACGCAGCUCUCCUCCCCCUGCGCUCCACGACCCCCUUGGCUUCACCCGGGCGCCCUCGGUGUCACCACCCCCUGCGGACAUUCUCUCCCCAGUGUUCAAUGACACCCAACGCGACACAUUUCAGUUUUGUCAGAGCCGACCCAGUGUUGGUGACAUCCACAACAUCCCUAUGAUAGUUGAGCCACAGAAGCCCUCACGCUGCGUUUGUGGCCACGGAAAUAACUUCCCAGACACUCUGAACAAAUCGUACGCUAUGGAGGACCGCAACAACGUCUACAUCACCCAGCAAAACCUCCACCGCUUCUCUUCUGAAGAUUCUCUCUCAGAUCGGGAUAGUUACACCAGCACAGGCAGCACCAGCGGUUCAGAGUCCCCCACAUUUGAUGGGGCUGGCAACAAACGCCUCACCGUCUUUGCGCGUCUGUCACUCUCUGACUAGGAAACCCAAACCACAUAGAGACAAUCCAACACCCGAACCUUGAUCAAUUGUGAAGGUUCUGCUUACACAAAUCAGAAAUCCUAUCA